UUUUACUACUUGAAAAUACUCCCUCCUAUUCAUUUUAAGUGUGCUAUUUAUUUUAUGCACUCUAUCCAAUGCACUUAUUCAAUCCUUAAUAUAUCGAGUUAUGUAUAAUUAAAAAUUAUAAAAAGUUGAUAUUAAUAAUCUUUACAUCAAAACGAAUCAAAUAAGAUCCCACAUGACUAUGUUUUAACUUAUUGAUUAAUAAUAAAAUGCAAUUUAAGAGUGAUAAAUAAAUAGUGUCUCAAAAGUAAAUGGGACACCUAAAAUGAAUAGGAGGGAGUAAUAUUUAAUACGUUCAAUUUCAUUUAGUAUUGAUACAGAUUAUGACUUUGACAUAUGUUCAAUUCUAUUUAUUAACAAUAUGCUUAAUUCAAUUCGAUUACGUCCAGUAGCACUUGUCGUUAGUUGAUAUGGUAGAUACUCAUAUCUUAGUAGGCAAAUACUGUUUCUAUGUCAUUUUGGUCCGUCUCACUUAAUUUGCAUCAUUUUUAUUUUUGGAAAAUGACCGAAGGAGUCUAGAUUAAUGGAUUAAUACGGAUUUGAUUAUUCAAAAUUAAGAUAAAUUACAUCAACAGUACCAUUUCUGUAACAUAAGCUGUCUUAUAUAUAGAUUGAACAUCAAUUACGAAGGAUCAUGUUUUUAGUUUGUCUAGAGAGACAUGGCUUUUUGAUUGAAAGCAUUUCAUGCUUUAUAUUUUUUGCAUGGCAAAGUAUGGUUUCUGCUUUUGCUUUUUAUUUAUUUAUUUAUUUAUUUUUUUAUUUAUGAGGGCUUUUAGAUUCUUUAUGAUCUCUUUGCUUUUGUUAAUGGAGUUGCUUUUAAACUUUACAGCAUUGAUAAAAUUAGGAGUUAUUAAAAUAAACAAGUAUUUAUUCUGAAAGCAAAAUGUGUCAUUGCACUUUAUGAUUUUUAAAUGUAGAUAAAUUCCCCUAAAGUAUGCAUAAUCUUUUGCCUUUUUUUGUUAUGGUACAAAGAGCCCAAUCAUAAGCAACCUUUUGGCUAUCACAAAGAAGUGCAUACACCCGACCCCAAACUGCACUUAGAGUAAGAACAAUGUAAGUCAUGGAGGGAGUUUUGUAACUUGGUCUUUGUCCAAAACUAAAACGGUGAAGUCAAAAAAUAUUGAGUCUCAAAGUGAGUCUUGAAAAAUGAAGACUCAUCCUAAGACUCUUGUGGUGGGACAACGUUUCAUGACUUUUUUUCUUUGGUCCAAUAACAACAUGCCAACUCAAAUUAGAAUCAAGUUGAAACCAAGUUUUAAGUCAGUAUGGGAUUAAAGUUUAAAACUAGGGAGAGUCUGGUAUGAAUUUGAAUAAUAAAAAAAAUAAUGAAAGUUUUUCGAAAUCCUUUAUUGAAUGGCCACUUGACAGUAUUGAAUAAUGGAAUGCUGUACAAUAGUUGGAUAAGAAUGAACUCUUUAUCUUUUACAAGGAAUGAUAUUCCUAAAAAUUUAGAGAAAAGUAAAUAUAACCUAAGUUUAGCAAAUGAUGCCUCAUGUUUGAUUGCUUCUACGGUUCUACCUUGGGUUGUGUCAGUCAUUCUAUCUCUAAUGGAAUAUCAGUAGUUCACCAUGGUAUUCUUUGUUGAGAGCUGAUACAGUUCAACUAAUCACUAUCUUUUGGUUUCAUUUCUGCAAUAUCUUUGAGUAAACUUCAGCAUAUAUAAUUGUUGACCAUGAAGCUUCAGUCCUCCUUACAAUUGACAUUGAUCCUUCUUCUCCUAAUUUCCACACUCCACCUAACAUUUGCUGACUUGAAGUCAGAUAGGCAAGCUCUUCUCGACUUUGUUGCUAAUGUACCCCAUAGCCGAAAUCUCAACUGGAAUGUUGGUUCUUCUGUUUGCACAUCUUGGGCUGGUGUCACUUGUAAUAGUGAAGGAACCCGGGUUAUUGCUCUCCAUCUUCCAGGAAUCGGUCUUUUUGGACCAAUUCCAGGGGGAACCAUUGGAAAGUUAGAUGCCCUUCAAGUACUCAGUCUAAGGUCUAACAGUCUCAAUGGGAAAAUUCCUUCUGACAUUGCUUCUUUACCAUCUCUUCGUUCGUUGUUCCUCCAAUCAAAUAACUUUUCAGGAAGUAUUCCCGAGUCUCUUUCUGCUUCACUUAUGGUGUUGGAUUUAAGCUCCAACUCCUUGAACGGAAGUAUUCCGUCAAGUAUUAACUAUUUGACAAGGCUUAUAGUUUUGAAUCUCCAAGAUAAUAUGCUGUCCGGAUCCAUGCCUAAUCUUGAAUCUCGUAAGCUUAAGCUUCUUAACAUGAGCUACAAUAAUUUAAGUGGUAAAAUCCCAAAUUCACUUCAGAAGUUUCCUACUUCAUCAUUUUUGGGGAAUCCUUUAUGUGGGCCACCUCUCGACAGUUGCUCCUCAAGUAGCCCAUCACCUUCUGCGGAUACCAUGAUGUCUCCUGCAAUGAUACCUAUUAUAAGCAAAGGCGGCCGUAGCAGGAAAUUGAGCAUAGGUGCCAUUGUUGCUAUUGUAAUUGCUGGCUCUGCCGUUGUGGUUCUUGCUGUGAUGAUGUUCUUAUUAUGUUGUGUUAAGAGAAACGGUGUCGAAGAUAGUUCUGCUGUUAAAGGAAAAGAGUCUAAUAUCAAGAAGGCUAAAAACCAAAUGCCAAAGGAAGAUUUUGGGAGCGGUGUACAAACAGCUGAAAAGAACAAGUUGGUGUUCUUUGGCGGUUGUGCAUAUAACUUUGAUCUUGAGGACUUGCUUAGGGCAUCUGCGGAGGUUCUUGGGAAAGGGAGCUACGGUACAGCUUAUAAAGCGAUUUUGGAUGAGGGAAUUGUCGUCGUGGUAAAACGGCUGAAGGAAGUAGGGAUUGGAAAGAGGGAAUUCGAGCAGCAAAUGGAAAUGGUUAGCAAUGUCGGUCAACAUCCAAAUCUUGUUCCUCUUCGGGCUUACUAUUUCUCAAAGGAUGAAAAACUUCUAGUUUACGAUUUCAUGCCUGGCGGAAGCUUAAGUGCCGUCUUACAUGGCAAUGGCUAUAAUGGGAAGACAUUGUUAGAUUGGAACGCUAGAGUAACAAUUGCACUUGGAGCUGCACGAGGAAUACUCCACAUCCACUCUGAAGGAGGUGGAAAAUUCAUCCACGGAAACAUCAAGUCCUCUAAUGUUCUCCUAUCACAAGAUCUCGAAGGUUGUAUCUCUGAUUUCGGCUUGCCUCUUAUGAUGAACUUUCAAGGCAUCACUUCAAGAAGCAUAGGGUACCAUGCUCCAGAAGUAAUUGAAACAAGAAAAGCCAGCCAAAGUUCCGAUGUUUAUAGCUUUGGAGUACUUCUCCUAGAGAUCCUAACUGGAAAAGCUCCUCUAAAGACCGCUCAUGGACACAUUGAUGUGGUUGAUCUUCCUAGAUGGGUGCAAUCGGUGGUGAGAGAAGAAUGGACAUCUGAAGUGUUUGAUGCCGAGUUACUAAAAAGUCCAAAUGCAGAAGAGGAAAUGGUGCACAUGUUACAGGUAGCACUGGCUUGUGUUGCUAGAGUGCCUGAUAUGAGGCCGAGAAUGGAUGAAGUUGUUAGAAUGAUCGAGGAAAUCAGGCCAUCCGAGUCAGAUGGGAGGCCUUCUUCUGAUGAGAAUAAGUCAAAAAACUCCAAUGUAGGUACUCCUACCCCCUGAUUGUUCCCAAUGUCUUUGCAUUGGGGCUAAUUUCUUGGAUUUCUGGAGAGCAAGCUGCGUGAUUUCCGUCUGGUGGAAGUAUCAUAUCUUAAGGAGGUAUGAUCUUUUCUAAUUUAUGCAAAUUUUAUCACCUUUGUGCAAGUGUUUGAUCAGCAGAUAAAGCUUCUUAUCUGGAUUGAUGUCAAAUUGCAUUUAUGUAAAAAAGAGAAUGAUUAUAAUUUCUAAUGAACGAAUUGUGUAUUGCCUUGGUCUAUUGUACAAUUUAUGUUGCUUA